CGUUUUCCCUCGCAGCGCACGGAUCCUUUUCUUCGAGCAUUUCUGAUCCCUCUUUCUCUCUCUCUCUCUCUCUCUCUCUCGUUUUCCCCCUCCGUUGAAGGAGACGGAGAAUUAGGGUUCGAUUCCGAUCGCAUAAUGCUCGAUGACUCGUCCGGCGUUGGCGACGGGGAUCGCUGCUGGUGGUGGUGGUUAUGGGUGCACGCUACCGUCUUCCUCCUCCGCCCUCUCCUUGCCGUCUCCUUCGUCCUGUCCUUGAUUCUCCUCAGUUGGUUCGUGGCGUGGAAGACGGUGUUGAUUCACGUUCCGCUGGUGCAAGAGAUCUGCGGCCUCCGGAAGAAGCCUGCGAAGCCCAAACCCCGCGACACUCACCGCCUCACCCGAUUGUAUAACUCCAAUCCCGCUCUAAGACGCAACAGUUCGAACGCCCAAGAAACAUCAUGAAUACUUCAGGACUUCGAUGACAGGCAUCCAUCGGUAGCAAAGUUGCAGGUUGUCAUUUUAUUUAUUUGCCAAGAUUCAUAGCAUUUUGUUUUCCUAUGAAGUAGUCAUUGGAGUUUGGCUCGUCCUAAGUGGGUUGUGCCUCAGGGUAUUUGAUGCAUGCCGUAUUAAUUUCUUUUUUCCUUUUUCUGUAACAUUGUUUCGUCAGAGACGUCUCUGAAUCCCAUUAUCUGUACAUACACUAGUUUGGCAUCUCAAAGCCUGGUAUUUGGAUUUGCUUACAUGGAUCUCAACAAGUGAAUAUUUCCUCAUAAAUUCCAGCACAAACAGCAGAUCUUGGAUGAGAACGUUAACAUGCAGUUAUCGUCACUGUUCAGCUGUUUUUGUAAAUUCGUUGAUUGCGUGAAAUUUAUUUUGGGAACAUGGAUUUGUUGGUUGUUUCGGACA